CGCUUGCGUGCAGGUGCCGGAUAGGGUGGCCGUGGCGGGCCAGCCGGGCGUGGGCGAUGGCUGCACUCUCGCUGCAGCUGGCGGUGCUCUUCGCGGCGCUGGGAGCGGCGCUGGUGACCGCGGCCCUGAUACUGGUUUCCUUUGUCGCAUUUAUCACUGCGAAGGAAAUGCCUCCCCUUCACCGGCACGAAGAAGAGAAGUUCUUCCUCAGCACCAGCGGACAGAGGGAGGCGCUGCCCAGCUUCGGGGACCCACCCACCAAGCGGCUCUCGGUCGUGGUGCCUUCCUACAAUGAGGAGAAGCGGCUGCCUGUAAUGAUGGAUGAAGCGCUGGGCUAUCUAGAAGAGAGACAGAAACAAGACCCCACCUUCACGUACGAGGUGAUCGUAGUUGACGAUGGCAGCAAAGACCAGACGUCGAAGGUAGCCUUAGGAUACUGCCGGAAAUACGGAAGCGACAAGGUGCGAGUGAUCACGCUGGCCAAGAACCGGGGGAAAGGCGGCGCCGUGAAAAUGGGUGUUUUCAGCUCUCGAGGAGAAAAGAUUCUCAUGGCAGAUGCUGAUGGAGCCACGAAGUUUCCAGAUGUUGAAAAACUGGAAAGGGGACUGAGUGAUCUACAGCCUUGGCCGGACCAGAUGGCCAUCGCGUGCGGAUCCCGCGCUCACCUGCAGGAGGAGGCGGUUGCCCAGCGCUCCUACUUCCGCACGCUGCUCAUGUACGGAUUCCACUUCCUCGUGUGGUUCCUCUGCGUCCGCGGGAUCAGGGACACGCAGUGCGGCUUCAAGCUGCUCACGCGGGAGGCGGCGUUGCGGACCUUUUCCUCGCUGCACGUCGAGCGCUGGGCGUUCGACGUGGAGCUGCUGUACAUAGCGCAGUCCUUCAAGAUCCCCGUGGCCGAGGUUGCUGUCACGUGGACCGAGAUCGAAGGCUCCAAGCUGGUCCCGGUUUGGAGCUGGCUGCAGAUGGGCAAGGACCUGCUGUGCAUACGGCUGCGCUACAUGACCGGGGCCUGGCGGCUCGAACGGACCAGGAAGACCAACUAGAGUGCUCGCUGCCUUUGACUGUACUAUAUAUGAAGAUAUUUUUCAUCUGAAUUAAAAUUUCAUGUGAAGUCAGGAUAAACCUGUGCCGUUGUCUCCGCCGUUUGAUAAUUUAAUGAACCAGCUGCUGUAAGGAAAAAUUUGUAGACAUCUUUUGAACAAACAAAAAAAAAAAAUUUUUUUAAGGUGUUUGUAACAGAAGUCAGAUUUUCUUUUGCUUUAGCAAUUUUGUUUAUUUAGAUUAUAACUAUGAUUCUGGGAAACAUAAUUUUUAAACAAGAAAAGCAAUUAUUUUUACUCAAAAGUAUCUUUCAUAAUUCUCACGAACUUAAAUGUAAACCACAAUCAUUUAACAGUGGUUAGGGAUUUAAAAAGAAAGUUAACAUGUUUAUGUUUUUAAAGGCAUGGAAAUGUGUGAUUUAUUGUUUUUAUUUAAAUCAUUUUUUAUUUUUCCAUUACAGUUGACAUAUUUUAUUAGAUUGAGGUGGACACCCCUUGAGACAUUAUGUAAUAAGCGAUCCUCCCAAUCAAUCCUGUACCCGUCUGACACCAUACACGCUGGCUGCAUUCCCUGCGCUGUACGUUACGUCCCUGUGACUGUUCUGUAACAGUAAUUUGUGCUCCUCACCCCCGUCCCCUCUCUCACCCAUCCCCCCCGCCCCCCCAUCGGGCGACCACCAC